AUGAAUCCCUGUGAUAGAGGCGAAGCCCCUGCAGGCGCUGCUAGCGAAGGCUCAGCACCAUCUGGUGGUCACAGCGCAGAGGAAACAUCUCCAAAGACUCUUCCACCUUCCGCGCCCACCGCUACCUCCACCGAAGAAUCCCGCCGUACUCCCGAAGACGGGGCUUCGUUCGCAGUUCUGAUGCGCCGCAAUGGCGAACUUGCGUCCAAAAUUGAGGGUUUAGCAGCGGAGAAAGAAACAUACGCUAUGCGGAUCCUGACGCUAUCGAAGGAGAACACAACGCUGCGCUCAAGUCUGAGCAUGGCACGUCAGGAGGCUCGCCGGGUCCAGGAAGAACUCAAUACACUAAGCAGCAUCAGGGACGAACUUCAUGCGGAACUAGUAACAGCGAAGCAUGAGGUCAAUCGCUCAAACGCUUGCAUGAAGGACGAGCGAUCGACGACUGAGCGCGUCUCAUCGGACUUGAAAGUCAAGACCCAGGAAGUAGAGGAAAUAUCGUCUAAGAAUCACACCCUGGAGAGGCAGAACAAAGACCUACAAGAUGCACAUGAUCAUCUUUCGGCUGCACUAGUGCAAUCUAAGGACUCGGAGCGUCUUCUCCGUGAAUCCUUGGAACACCUAGAACAGGAAAGGGAUGAAGCACGAGCCGGUCGCGAUCAGGCGCUGCGCCGCGCUGAGGAAACAGAAGAACGUGUGCUUAGCCUUGAGGAGGAUAACCGCCGAGUCGGCGCUGCACUGCAAGCUGCCGAACGUAACACGGUGAAUAUAACGACGCAGAGAGCAAACGUCCAGGCCACCUUGGACCGGAUCGCUGCUUUCGUGGCCCAACAAGUCCGACCGUACAGCGCUGAGCCGCCCGUCUUGACAAUCCAAUCCGGGCCCCCGGCAGGAGAUGAUUUUGCGGCGGCAGUUACGCAAAAGACGGAUGCGACAUGUGACAUCAGUGCCAACAAACCCGAGGAGGACGAGGACGAGAACUCGUCUCAUUCAGAGGUUGAUGAACUUGAGUCCCCGUCGGCAUCUGUCCGCAACGGGAAACGACCUGCUUCCCCUGCGCGCAAGGCCAGUGAUCUCCCUCCCAAACGUACGCGGCACGCUCGCCAUACGACAGGCUUAUCAAGACCCGCUACGACUUCCUCCGUACCCCUGAGUGGACGCGGCAAGAGAAUCGCCGGUCAAAAGCAGAACGGCCGUGUCUCUGGUUCUUCUCGUGGCAGUCCGUCCGUGAUCAUCAAAAGGGACGAGCUAGGUCAUUGUUUUGACGCGGAUGGCAAACGCGUCUGCCCGCAGUGUGAGCGGACGCAAGAGCAUUAUAAGAGCCCUCGGUGGCUUCCCAGCAAGCGCGGACCUGCUACUGUUUGCCAGAAGGCUAACAUCAAGGCCAAUGAGUGA